AUGGCUUCAGUAGUAGUUGGAAUCCUCCUACUACUUGUUCCGCUUCCGCUUUCUGUGAAAGCUCAGACCCCCGGCAACGUAACCUUGGGCUCCUCGUUAAUAGCGAAUGACAGGACCUCUUCCUGGCUGUCCCCGUCGGGCGAAUUCGCCUUCGGGUACCGGGAAAUGGGAAGAGGAGCUCAUGUGUGGCCAAUAUGGUUUGAGAAGACAGAGGACAAAACCGUAGUCUGGUCGACUAACGGGGAUAAUCUAGCACCCGAAGGUUCGAAAGUCCAGUUGACUGCCGACGGCCAACUGGUGGUUGUGGACCCAGAAGGGAGUGAGGUGUUGUCCACGGCGGUCGUUGGGGCAGCAUAUGCAGCCAUGCUCGGCACGGGGAACUUCGUCCUAAUGAGCCAGAAUAACGUCGACUGGUGGGGAACGUUCAGCCAACUGACCGAUACGAUACUGCCUACGCAACAGUUAGAUCUCGGGACUAAAGUUAAAGCUCGCUACUCUGAAAUGAAUUACUCCACUGGGAGAUUUCACUUCAUACUCCAACCGAGGCGGUCAUCUCAGAUGCUUACUGGAUUAGCGACGCCGUGGGUACUGGCUACCAGUUUGAUAUUCAAUCAAAGUGGUCAGGUCUAUGACGUCACGGCUAGGAAUGGAACGCAAAGAGCAAUCCUUGAAUAUGGCGGGGUCUUCGGGCAGUAUGUCCACCCCAAGACGGCAAAUUUGAGUUCCGUCGCUGUUUUUCAAGAUGGAAAUUGCUGGAAAAAGAAGAUCCCUCUUUUCAGUGGUAGGUUGGAUCCAAGUGCGGGUGGAAAAGCUCUGAUCAAGGUCAGGAUAGGUAAUUCAACUUUGACAUCUCCAGGAAACGGCCAGAAGAAGAACAGGAACUCAACUCUGGUGAUCAUCGGACCAGUGCUGUUGGGCAUGCCAACUUUCACCUAUCAUGAGCUUCAAGAAGCAACAAAUGGAUUCAAAGAACUGGGUAGGGGUGCUUUUGGAACAAUGUACAAAGGUGUUCUCGGAUCCGAGGAUACAAACUUUGUGGCAGUAAAAUUGUUGGCGACAAGGACUGGAGAAAGCGAAAAGGAGUUUGAAAGAGAAGUGAGUGCAAUUGGCCAAACUAACCACGAGAACUUAGUGCAUUUACUUGGAUUCAGCGAUCGUGAGGGUCAACACCGAUUACUAGUGUAUGAAUUCAUGAGCAACGGUAGUAUGGAAGAUUUUCUUUUCGGCUCUUCAAGGCCUAGCUGGUGCAAAAGAAUAGAAAUUGCCUAUGGUGUUGCGAGGGGCCUCUCUUGCUUGCAUGAGGAUUGCACCAGUUAUAUAAUCCACUGCAACAUCAAGUCGCAAAAUAUUCUUAUUGAUGGCUCUCUCACUGCAAAAAUAUCAGACUUCAGAUUAGCUAAGUUCUUGAUGGCAAACCAAACAUGGACCACCACUGGCGUAAGAGGAACCGGUAGUUAUUUAGCACCAGAAUGGUUCAGGAAUAUGCCUAUUUCUGCCAAAGUAGACGUUUACAACUUUGGCAUUUUGUUGCUUCAGCUCAUCUGCUGCAGAAAGAACCAUGAGCCGGAAGCCUAA